GAGACAGACAGAAGUGGAUGGCCCGGGACCUGGAUUCACAGCUUUAAAAGCAGGAGCGGGAUUUGGAGUUUGGGAUAAUUCUGCCCUUGACCUGGAGAGAGUGAGGUGGAAUAUAGCAGAGUUAAUCUGGAAGUUUACACUUAACGGGAGAGAAGAGAAGGAGCUUUAACAGGGUGGGCUGUGGUUCAGGGGGUCCAGAUGGCAGGCAUGAGGGGCCCGGCCUGCACUGGAGUCUGGCUCUAGAGUCCACAGGGGCUCCCACUUCAACUGGACACAUUCCACAGAUUUUUUUCCUUUUUCUGGCCAAGGACGUGUGCCCAUGAGGUCGUCACCACUGGUCCUGCUCCUCCUGAUCGGCGUCCAGGCUGUACUGAACAUGGAAGGUGGAUGGGCCCAGAGAACCGGGGCAGCCAACCACAGAAUAGGACAGCAGACAGCAGCCAAUCACAGAGCAGGACAGCAGCAGACAGCAGACGGAGACCACCUCUCUGAACACCAUUCAUCACAGGAGCAUCAUAGGACCAGCCACCACAGGACCAAGAAACCCCAUCGGGCAGCUUCCCACAGCCGGGAUAGAAGUCAGAUUCCCCCCAAUUCCCCCCCUGACCCCUCCAGCCCAGUGGUGGACCCCAAGCUCUUUUCCAAAAGACGUUACCGGCCCUCGCCCCGUGUGGUUUUCAGCGAGGUUCCCCCAUCACAUGAUGCCCUGGAAGGUGAGGGUUAUGACUCUGAUGGGAUGAGGGGGGUGAGGGUCCGGCGCAGAGCGGGAUCGCACACCAUGCACCGAGGAGAGUACUCAGUAUGUGACAGCAUUAAUACCUGGGUAGGCAACCUGACACGGGCCACAGACAUACGUGGGAAUGAGGUGACGGUGCUGCCCAAUGUUACUAUCAACAACGUGGUGAAGAAACAGUUUUUCUAUGAGACCACCUGCCGAUCCCCCACACACAGGGGGGUAUCAAGCGGGGGGAGGUCAGGGUCACGGGGAGGCAAACAGGGCUCCAAAUCAGGCAACUCUGGCUGUCUGGGCAUCGACAGUCGCCACUGGAACUCCUACUGCACCAACACACACAUAUUUGUAAGCGCCCUGACCAUUCACAAGGAACAGACAGCCUGGCGUUACAUCCGCAUCAACGCUGCGUGUGUGUGCGUUCUCAGCCGCAAGUCUUGGACGAGACGACUGGGGCACUGACUGAGGAGGACGACUCCUGACCGCAGAAAUACGAACCAACACCACACAUUUCUCCUAAACAGCCACUGCAGCUUUAUUGCCAAUACUGUAAUCCUUCUCCCCACCUCCAAAGACACACACAUGUACACACAAACCACAGUCUACAUAUUAUUAACACACACAAACAACUUCAUGUAUCCAGUCUUGGCCCCUGGCCCUACCUCAGUCCAAAAAGUCCUGGUUGUUUUAAGUUAUGUGGACUGCAUGUCAUAUUUAUGGUUUAUACAGUCAAAUAUGAAAAUAUAUACAGUAUGUGUAUACAUACAAAAUGAAAUCAAGCUUUUAAUGUUGUCGUUGUUGUUAUUGUUGUUGUGUUGUUCAUGCUGUUAUUUAUUA